GGGGACUAAAACCAGCAAGGCAAUGUCCAAACGCUUCAAGGUCAUGGGCAACGGCAACUUCAAGCGGAAGACCUCAGGCAAAACACAUCUGAACACGAAGAUGACGGGCGAACAAACACGCCACAGCCGCAAAACAUCGUACGCAACGGACACACAGAACAGAAUGCUCAAGAAGGUCCUGCCCAAUGUGUGA